UUUAACUGCUCUGAGUCGCGCGACCCGAGAGCGAGGUCCCGUAACAUGCGUUACUGAUCCACUAUUAGCAGAGACUGGCUGCACCAGGGUCGGAAGAAUUCACAUAUUUGAAAUUCUUUGGAGAACUUCAGGACUAAGGAAGCAGUGGACGCAGACGUUUGACAGGCUAUACCGGUGUACUGGCGUCUUCGCGCGGAACACCAAAGGUCACUUCAUGUUGGAGUUAGUGGUUACUUGGAUAUGUACGUGCUAUAAUGGAACUAUUACCACCGUUGGUAACCCUCCACGCCGACAAAUUUGUAGGCCAGCGCCAAAAACAAAGGACUUGCUCACUCUGUUCUUUGCAAAUACGGAAUAUUUGGUUGUAUCGUCAUUGACAAAUCGGGCAGAAUGGUAUAAAGCUGUUCAGGAUGUUACUGAAACAACCUACCCGGACUGUGCACAUAAUAACAUGACAACAAGGAAUGCUUUGCGGAUAGAGAUCAACUUUUGGUGGUGAUACCACCUGUCUCUUCAAAGAAGGAGUAUUAUGAAACUAAAUUCCCGUAUUGUGAAUACAUAGACAAACGAAACGCUUGACUAAAUCGGAUUAAAUUGUGAUCAAUCGUAAGAACGGAGCCACGACUGCGAAAAGAAGUUCCUACCAAAGGCCGUGUUCAUCUUAGAGCCGAACUCCGUUGAGACAUUCAGACAGUAUGGCCUCUUCACCGUAUUUGUCACACGCCAUUAUUUGGUCGUGUUUUACACCAAUUGCUUUAGUGAGCUGCAUUUUGGCAUUGGUUGCACUAUCUCACUUUAGGGAUAUAUACCGCUCCUUGGAUAUACUGCUGCUAUCGUUCAUAGCAUCAUUGUUUUUACAGGUUCUGCUGUUGAUGCCGGUGUUUCUCGUAGUUAUCAUUGAAGCAAUUCAAUGGCCCGUGAUUCUAUGCAAGUUUUUCAUUUGGUGCUUUGUGACGACACGAAUGAUUGCCAUCAUCACUUUAAUUUCGUUAAGUUUGGACGGGGUGCUCAUGCUGCGUGUCCCUGGCCGCUACAGGGUGUAUGGAAUCGUCCGGUCAAGGACAGUCCAAGCUUACGUAAUCGCAAGUUGGGUUCUUGCCUGCUUCACGGGACUGGUUCCGCUGAUCGGCUGGAGUAAAUUAGAUUUCGUCUCAAACAACGUCUGUCAUUUCCUACCAUACGAAAUCGGGCCCUCCUUCAGUAUUUUUCUCUCCGUCAUGGAAUUCACUGGGAUUAUCAUGGCAAUGAUUUGCCUUACCGAUGCCUACUUCUGUCUCAAGCACGCCAAGAGCUCCUACCAUUUUAGCACGUCGCAGAUGCAUCAACCCCAGUCGUCUGCCGUCCUCAACAGUAUUGACAACAGUGACAAGAAGUCCAUGAUCCUCAGCGCACUGGACUUUACCAAGAGUGCGCUGGAUAGCUGGGCGGCCACUGUCACUGUGUGCGUCGUUUCUUAUGCCAUCAACCAUUUGCCCUUCAUGUUAAUUAGCAUCGCUGGAGCCGUUGCAGGUGACGUCAUGAACCACACCUCAGUCACGGCAACCAUCCUGUGGUUGCUGUUAAUAGAAGCCUGCGUUCUCCCCCAGUUCCUGUGGCUAGUGAGCGUCCGAUAUCGGCACGCCUAUUAUCACGAGGUCAUCGCAUGUCUGUGCAGCGAGAAAAAGAAAGACCAAGAUGAAUACUGCAAAGUCCAACUCUACCACAAACGAGUUCUCCUGACCGGACCCUAUUCGCUCCGUAAGCCAAACUUCCGACAGCAGUCUUACAACGUUGGAGCAGGUGACGAAAUUGAUGGCGACAUCUAUGCGACGAAUUCGAAAGUGAAUGGCAUCAUCAGACGGGAUUACAAUGUCCAGCAGGCGGCAGCGCCUUCUAGUGUCAUCAUGAGCCUGACGUCGUCGGAUAAUACACCGGUCAGACGAAAAAGGGCCGAGUUUGAGACACAAGAAAUGAAUAUAGAUGUGACAAACGCUCAGACUUUACCGAUUAGAGGUGUCCACGAGACGCAAAACGGUUCCCCUGGGUAUUUUAACCAGGCUUACGUACCGGACCAUGAGGAUGAGUUAGAACUAGCCGGGAUUAAAUUGUUGAAAUAUUCUAGGAAUAACUUCGAUCCGAUCCUCAUACGUCCCGGUGACGACGGAACCGUCCGUCGCCAGGUCGUUGCACGAGAACCUAGUCCAGAUUACUCCAUGAGCUCGAGCGGAAAUCCGCCGUCUUUUGAUUCCAAUGAAAGUAGUGAGGAGGAGGAUAGCGGCACCAGUAUCAACGAUUCAGACAUUUCAGGUGUCUUGGGUACCGCGGCGCGAAAUUCUCUUGAUAUAACAAACAAUGUGGUACCAAUAAAACGGUCAACAGGUGGCAUUUUAGCCUCCAUGCCGAGCACGGAGAUACCGCGGGGUCGCUCCCCUAGACGGGCUUCCAGUAACUCUUCACGGGAGUCGUUUUCGGACCCCGACUCUGACGCGAGUAUCAGACGCAAAAGGGCCUAUCAGUUUCGUAAAGUGCACCAUCGUAGUUACGACGUCACACCUUUAGACGGUGGGGGUGGUCUUUACCCGUCACAAUCACCGAAUGCUCUGUACUUUACGGAUGACCACAAUGACAAUGGUCACACCUCAAACACAGAAAAUAGUCAGGACCCGAAUAAACCGCUGGAGUACGGUAAAACGUGGAAGUCUGCCGAUAAGACACUUUCUAUGAUGGAGUUUCUUAUGACGAAGGAGGAGGGGUUGGGGUACAUGGACACAGGGGAGAGUUACUCAAAGUAUCUGGGAACAAGGGUAGAUGGUAUGAAAGAGGAGGAGGAGGUGUCUGCAUUUUUAUAGCAUGACGACAGAAAACCACAUGUGGUAAAUACGGAAUACCGUGGUCCUUUAUGUCCGCAUCGGCCUACUACUUAUAUGAAAGACAUACUUAGGACAGUUUUUCCUGAGGACAUUACUUGUCACCUUCCAGUCAGCUAACCGACAACCUGCCUUCAAAGUGAAGGAUAGCAUGUGGCUUAAAUAAUGUCAAGCGUAUAGGUGCUGUGGUAGUAUUGAAAGUCGAUGAAAUGGUCACAGGCAAGAGAGAGGAUUCGGAAAGUCGCCACGACCACUCUCAGCUAGAACGCAAACUACUUCAGGAGACGAAAACGACUCUGUCCCGAGUUUAGUUUGCGGUGCACUGUUGGCCAUGGGGUGAAGUGUAGACGUCCCCCAACCUCUCUUCACAUGCUUAAGAAACAAGAGCCAAGUGUAAUGCGUUAAUUUUUGAUGCGGGCGUGCUGCAAUGUGAUGAUCAAGAUAAAACGAAGUAAUUCGAGAGAGAACGUCUGAAUCGUCUAGCUAUAAGUGGUGUAUAGAGGAGAAGUUAGAGAAUAUAAAUUGGCAAAAGUGAAGAUUAUUUUUCAUGUAUAGAUUCUUUAAAAAGGCCUCCAUUUACAUUCUGAUAAAUUCUCUCGCUGUCUGAACCCCGAGGCCAGUCUGUCCCCUUUUAUAGUUUGUACUACAUAGGAGCGUUGACUGCACGACAUACCCCAUAGUUACACAAUGGCACUUUCUUAUAAAUUAUUGCAGCCAUCAUCUACUAUUUCUUGGCAUUUGGGUAAAUCGUCUGCUCCGCAGGUGAUAGUGGUAUUCGUCAAAGAUGGCAACCAAAAGGGGUCACCGGCGAUAGUGAUCAUAGUUUUCAGUGAGGUUUCGCAACCCUUACGAAGGGCCACAAAUGACGAAGUACGAAGUAUGUAGAUGUAUUUUCUUCGACGAGUUGUUUUAGAAAUAUUUCCCCUUUACAUAUUCAUACUUGGUUAAGGAUGUAAAUAUUAUAUUUUGUUAUGUUUUAUUAAAUUAAAGAUUA